UCUUCUGCCCUGAAGAAUGAUGAUACCAAGCCUCAUAGUCUCCUUUUUCUUCUUCUUACAUUUGGAGUUCAAUUAUGUCUGUAACUCUUCGUCUUCUCCACAGAUACCUGGAAGAAUUCACAUUUAUGUGGAAAGUGUAGGAGUUCUUUUAUGCCCCAGUUGGACAUUACAAGACAUAAGGCAUCCGAUGGAGAAGAGAAAAGAAAGAUCAGCAAAAACUCCUAUGAAUGCAUUAUGUGUGGGAAGCAUUUUGCAGAAAAAAAGACUCAUGUGCAUCCAAAGAGUGAUCUCAAGUUGCAUCUUACAAACUCCUUACGAGACCAUCCGGGAGAGAAACUGUACCAAUGUCAGCAGUGUGGGAAAUGUUUUGCUCAGAAUUCAACUCUCUUAAUGCAUCACAGAAUCCAUACAGGAGAGAAACCGUUCAAAUGCCAGGAGUGUGGGAAAUGUUUUGCUCAGAAUGCAAACCUUCUGAAGCAUCAGAGUGUCCACACAGGAGAGAAACCAUACAAUUGCCAGGAGUGUGGAAAACGUUUUGCUUAUAGGUCAGACCUUAGGACUCAUCAGAGAGUCCACUCAGGAGAAAAACCAUACAAAUGCCUAGAGUGUGGGAAAUGCUUUACUCAGAAUUCAAGCCUUUUGAUGCAUCAAAGACUUCAUACAGGAGAGAAGCCCUUCAAAUGCCUGGAGUGUGGCACAUGCUUUGCUACUUCUUCAUACUUAGCGAAACAUAAAAGAAUUCACACAGGAGAGAAACCCUUCAAAUGCCAAGAGUGUGAGAAAUGUUUUGUUCGCAAGGCAGAACUCAUGUAUCAUCAGAGACUGCACUCAGGAGAAAAACCUUACAAAUGCCUGGAGUGUGGCAAAUGCUUUGCUCAUGCUUCAAACAUUGUGAACCAUAAAAGAAUUCACACUCGAGAAAAAGUAUACAAGCCCCCACAGUGUGAGACAUUCCUGCAUUCGUUUCUUCAUUUUACCGAUACCCCGCCUUCAUCCCAAUAAAGGGAGGAAUAUUCCUAAAGCAGCUAAUGUUUACAGUUAAAAGUUAUAUUGAUAAUGUAAUAUAUCUGAAGUAUCAUGUGUAUUUCUGCAUUUAUUUUUGGAUGUUUCUAAAUUAAAAAUUUCAAAAUAGUA